UCUUACGCACACUUUCACAUGUACACACAGUACAUGUACAACGCACACACGAAGCAGCGACAGGUGUAACUGUCAAUAUUGUAAGUUGUGUGUAAACCAUCGUACAGACAGAUGUAUAGAAUCGUGACUAAAUCACGUUUAGAAUUGGCCAACACUAUACAUUCUGAUAGAGGAGGGAACAUACAACAUUUUUUUUCUUGACAUGAACUUUGAUUUAGGAGUGCUACAGCUAUCAGGGCAGUGAAAUUUGAUCGUUUGUUCAGUGAAUCCUGCAGAGAUAAGGCUUGCUGCGGACUGGGAAUUUGUCACGUGCAACUCCGCCGAGACUGCCGGGAGGAAACUCACGCAAGAUCGGGAUCACGGGAGGUCGGAAGGCCGUGUAGGAUCAAGCGACUGCUAUAAUUCCUGAAUUAUUCUUUCUCCAGUGCUGUUUGAGCGAUUUCAGAGACUGUUUCCUACGAAUAGUGAGAUCAGAUUGGGCAAAUUGUUAGAGUUCUAUUGACUGGAUAAUGGACGAAUCUAAUCCGUGGAUAUUAUUUGGGAUUACGUCUUUCAAAUCAUCACUGUCCAGCGGCAGGGAACAAUAGAGUCGUUACACGUAAUUGUGUGUGCUAAAUUGAGAACUUGUUGAAGAAAUCGACCUGUCUAUAUUUCGUCCAUCUGGAUCUGUAGAUUCCUGAGAUCUUCAACUCAUGCGGGAGUCUUAAAUUCGUGAGUAACCUCAGGUCAAAUAAACUUCAGGUAGUUAGAAGACAGGUUCUAUCGCCAUGGAAGCGCUCUUCUGGACGCUUGUGCUCUUCUCUCAAGUCCUGGGAGUCGUCAGUGUGAUCCUGUUAGCAACAUGGUUAUCAGAAUACGGCGGAGGCUAUGACUGGGACUGUGGAAACGGAGUUGGCAGCUAUCAUUAUCUUCUGCUAACGAUCGGCAUGGUUUUUCUCUAUGCGGAAGCAAUGAUCUCAUUUCGAGUGACACACAGACUCGGUCUCUCCUACACGGCUGAGAAAGCGAUCCACGCAACGAUACAAUCAAUCGUCGUCGUUUUGGUUGGUAUCGGUGUGCAUGCUGCGUUCGUCUGCAAAGACACACAGGGCCCAGAAAAGGCGGGAAAAGACCUGUAUUCAUUACACAGCUGGUUGGGACUAGCAACAAUUAUUGUCUUCUUUGGCCAGUGGAUAUAUGGGAUUGUGAUGACUGUCGCCUUACGCAAGCUCGAUCGCUCAUGGCAAGAUUUACUGCUCCCCAACCAUGCUUUCUUUGGUAUUCUAAUAUUCGCCAUGUCAAUAUGCUCUUGUUUAACAGGAGUCAACGAAAUGGCUAUAUUUUUCGUAGAGAACUACAAUCAAAUCGUGCCUUCGGGUCACCUCGCCAAUGCCUUUGGUCUUUGCCUCAUCGCGUUUGCUGCCGUUACCGCUUACGUCGCUUAUAAACCAGACUUUCAAAUUCCAGAAAACAGGCGGCACCCAGAGUGCAAUGCGGUACCCACAUCAGAGGGCAUCGCUACUUCCGGGUCAGGAAAAGUUGUCACGAACCCGACGGAGCAUGCGCAUCAAAAGUACGGUGCUACGGAGGAGACGGCGUUCAAAGAAAUGGAUGAAAGAGAAACGAAAGAAGUUUGAAGUAUGAAUCUAAGAUAUUUACGUAUAGGUGUAUUUCAGACUCUGAUAUCGAUAUUACGAUGACAAGGAAGCGAGAGAAUGAAUGGUGCCUAUUUUUUCUUCAACAAGUAACAUUCAGAAUUUCAGAUUCGGUAUGAACUAUAUUAUCAGAUUCAUAUUUAUAUGCAAAAGUGAAUUCCAGCUGCCUUUAUGUAUGUUUUGACUUUCAUAUAACUGGAGUGCUAUAAAACAUAUAAUAUGAUACAUAAUUGGAAACAUCGUGGAAUUCCAUCUGUAAUGUGGCAACCAAACAGCGAAAAGAGCUAUGGACUACUUUAAAACCAAUUGGGGUGAGCUUUUCAUCUGGACAAUGUCAUACAAGCUUCAAUGUGAUUGGUUUGUAAAACUUACUUCAUUGUGACGGACUUUCACCAAAUCGGCCUUUUUUCUGUAUCAGUUCUUGAACAAUUUCCAGCCUUAAAGAAUUCAGAGUUGUUCGUGAAUUACGAUUGAAUUACUUUAUAAAACUAUCACUAUGAAAAUUAAGAUUGUUCAAACCAAUGAAUUCUUAAUAACAGUAUUAUCAGCAUAAGUGCAUUUAUUGUGUGUUUGUUUUACAAAAUGAAGGUACAUAUAAUUAUUUUUAUGGUGCUUAAGUAAGGAGGAAAAAGAUUUGACCAAUAAACUUUUACAAUAUUUCCUAUAA